GGAAAGAAGACACCAGAGGGGAAGGGCCUUGGCCUUCUUUCCAGAGUGUCGGUUGUUGGAAGGAGGGCUUGGCUCAAGAAGCAGGAGCAUCAUAGGAAUAUUACCACAGAGGCACCAACAUCCAUUCUUUACAGGGAAGCAUCUCCAGUCUUUCCACAGUUGUUUUCCAGGCCAAGUAAGAAGCAGGUCCUUCCUUGACCCAGUGAGCAGAAACCUAGAGCUGGGCUCUUGGUCAGAAAAGGAUAUACACAGACUGCGGGGGCACCAGCAGACAAGCUGAGCAGAAAGCACCUCUGAGGAGGGGGUAGAUAUGUGAGCCCUGGAGCCAUGUCACUCAAGAAGGUCUUCCAGCGGUUCAGCCAGCCUGCAGGCACCUUGGACCAAGGUGCACCACAAAGCAAUGACGAUGAAGACAGGCCACUCAACCAGGAUCUGUCCACCGGUAACUUGGAUCAGAGGACUACCCGGAAGACCUUCAUUCAGCGGGUGGGCCUGUUGCUGGCUGCGCAGUUGACUGUGAGUUCAAUCUUUGCCAUCAUCUUCUUCAACCUUGUGUGGGAUAUGGAGGAAAUUGUACAGACCCAUUUCUGGACUGUCACCGCCAUCCCGUUGGCUGUCUUCAUCAUCUGCUUCACAGCCAUCACCUGGGUUGAGAAGAUCAGGUGCCAACUCCCCUGGAACAUCAUUGUCCUGUCCAUAGCGACCUUGAACUUCUCUGGCUUAAUAGGCAUGACCACUUCUCUCUGCAAGAUGAACGCCACCUUCAUUGCUAUGGGCAUCACUGGCGCCAUUUUCUUCAUUCUUGUGAUUUUCUCCAUGAAGAUCAAGUAUGACUUCACUCUAUAUCUUUGGACAUUGUGUGCCUGCAUGAUGACCUAUGCAACAUUCAUCCUCUUCCUCAUAUUCUUCAAGAACCAUAUUCUGGAUCUUGUCUCUUAUGGCCUUGGAAUCUUUGUCUGCAUCUGGAUGCUGGUUGUGACCAUCCAGAUGAGCCUGGGGAACACGAAAAGGGCCUUCGGUGCCGAUGACUAUGUCUUUGCAGACCUCACCCUGUACAUCUGUUUUCAUUUCCUCUUCUUGGACGUCUUGUUGCUGGUCGAAGCGGUGCUUAGCUAGAACGAGGCCCCCCCUCCCCCAAUCCCUCCCGCCCUGAGAUCCUUCCUCAAGCGCCACUUAUUUUAUUGUGUUCCGCCUCUCCCAGAGCUUUGCUCCUUUCCUUCUUUUUGUGUUCCUGCCCAUUUCUGGGGCCCCGUCCUGUGCUUUGGGGAGGAAGGAGAUAUGACUGGAUCCGGGUAGCAGCAAACGGGCCAACUGCACAGGAUGCCUAGGAGCAGAGAGGGGCUCUUUCACACCUCCUCCUACGCUUAGGGGAGAAAUGGAAGGCUCACGAAAGAAAAGGAUUUCUCUUGCCUGCAUUUGCCGGCAGUGGCACGUGCAGGGGUGUGUGUGUGUGGAAACCCGGCGCUCUUCUUCCCCUUGGUCUUCUGGAGUUCUUGCCAACCUAAUACAAUGCUUUCCCCGUCUCUUAACUGGGAGUGAGCUCCCCCCCACACUUCUUCCUCCCCCCCCAUUCCCAUUUUCCUUGGCCUUACAUUCAAGCCAUUGUGAUUGGUGCCUGUGGAAUGAAGACUUUGCAUUACUGGGACCCCAACACUUUGCUCUAUUAAAUGCUUUAAUUAAGACAUGUGACAUUUCCUAACCCUUGAAGUUAGCCAGACUCUCUGUCCCUCCACCUCCUCUCCUCCCACUCCCCUCCCCUGCACUUCUGCAUGUGGAACAGACCCCCCCCCACGCCCCCGAGUGGCCAGCCUCUGGACCAAGCUGUGUCCAUAGGAUGUCCUAAUAAAACGGAGAGU